UUCUACUAACAAUGGCACCGCAGGUUCCAUCUGUUCGGCUCAACAAUGGCCUUGAAAUGCCCGUCCUAGGGCUUGGCACGUACAUGGCGACGGAAGAGGAAGGGGUGGCGGCAGUCAAGAUGGCCAUAGACGAGGGUUAUCGCCAUAUCGAUACGGCAUUCUUCUAUCAAAAUGAAAGUCAGGUCGGCCAGGCGGUACGGGCCAAAAUCGCUGAAGGCGUCAUCAAGCGGGAAGAUGUGUUCAUCGUUACGAAGGUGUGGAACACAUAUCACGCACCGGAGCUUGUGGAACAAGCGUGCCAAAAAUCGCUCGACAAUCUCGGUCUCGAUUACAUCGAUCUGUACCUUGUGCAUUGGCCGAUGGGAUGGAAAUUUCACGGUUGGACACCGAACGAUUUCCUACCGAUGAAUGCGAAUGGCAAAUCGAUCGAUUCCGAUGUCGAUUAUCUCGAUACGUGGAAAGCGAUGGAAAAGUUGGCCCGGUCGGGUAAGGUGAAGAGCAUCGGUGUAUCGAAUUUCAACAGCGAGCAGCUGACGCGCCUACUGGCUAAUUGCGAGAUUAAACCGGUUACCAAUCAGGUUGAGUGCAAUCCUGGCAUUAAUCAGCGGAAGUUGAUCGAAUUCUGCCGCAAGCAUGACAUCGUCAUCACGGCGUACAGUCCACUGGGAAGGCCGAACUUGGAAGAUCCGGUCGUUGGUAACGAGGGCAUUCCGAAGCACGCGCUGGACGAUCCACGUGUGCUGGCGAUCGGAAAGAAGUAUGGCAAGAGCGCAGGGCAGGUUGUGUUGCGCUAUUUGGUGGAACUUGGUACACUGCCGAUACCGAAAUCUUCCAAGCUGGAGCGCAUCCGCCAAAACAUCGACAUCUUUGACUUCAAGCUGACCGAGGAAGAGAUAAAGGUGAUGGAUGGAUUCAAUACCGGUGGCCGUACGGUGCCAUUUAAUUUCAGUAACCAGCACAAAUACUUCCCAUUCAACCUGGAGUACUGAG